UUUUGAAUAAUAAACAUGUCAAAAUUAGCGCAAAUAAAUAUGUAAUUUAAUUUUUUUAUAAACAAAAAUAUUUGGAUAAAUAUGCUGCGUCGAGGAUUAACAAGUUGUGUAACUCACACCAACUUUUUUAGGAUGUUAAGCAACAAAAGUAAACAAGAUAAAUUUUUCGAUAAAAAUAUUGCCUACGAGAGUGACUAUUACUACAGACAGGACAAAGAACUACUUGAAUUAUUACGUAAAAAAACCCAAGAUGAAGUUAGAAGUAUGAAAAAUAAAGUUCGUUCAAUGCAACAUAAAAUUGAAGUGUACAAUCGUGACAUUGACGAAACAAUGAGAUUUCUAAAUAAUCUUGAUAAAGAUAUUGAAUUAAAAAAUAAAAAAACCUAAGCUUAA